UUCUCGGCCCAGGCGCUGUGCGCGCUGAUCUGGGCCGCGGCCGUGCUGGCCUCGCUGCCCAACGCCCUGUUCGCCACCACCGUCCGGGUGCUGGGCGAGGAGUUGUGCCUGGUGCGCUUCCCCGACCGGGCGCCGGGCGGCGGCCGGCAGUUCUGGCUGGGCCUCUACCACCUGCAGAAGGUGCUGCUGGGCUUCCUGCUGCCGCUGGGCGUCACCAGCCUGUGCUACCUGCUGCUGGUGCGCUUCCUCUCCGGCCGCCGCGUGGCGGGGACCCCGGGAGGGGCCCCGGCGGCCGGGGGCGGCCUGGCAGCCGCCAGCGCCCGGAGACGGUCCAAGGUCACCAGGUCGGUGAGCCUCCUGGUCCUCGCCUUCUUCCUGUGCUGGCUGCCCAACCAGGCGCUCACGGCCUGGGGCGUCCUCAUCAAGCUGGACGCCGUGCCCUUCAGCCGGGGCUACUUCCUGUGCCAGGUGUACGCCUUCCCGGUGAGCGUGUGCCUGGCGCACGCCAACAGCUGCCUCAACCCCGUGCUCUACUGCCUGGCGCGCCGCGAGUUCCGCCAGGCGCUCAAGGCCUGGCUGUGGCGCCUGGCGUCCCCGUCGCUCACCAGCAUGCGCCCCUUCACCGCCACCUCCAAGCCGGAGCCCGAGGACCAGGCGCUGCCCACCCUGGCGCCCCUCCGUCCCGUCGCGGAGCCCGACCUGCCCUACUACCCGCCGGGGGUGGUGGUCUACAGCGGCGGGCGCUACGACCCGCUGCCCAGCAGCUCUGCCUGCUGA